AUGACUACUCAGAGGACUAGCAAUCUAGAUGAGUACGCUGAAGAUGGCGUCGACCAGUUUAUAAACACUUUUCUCGAUGAACAGACACGAGUUCCGUAUUCAACUGAUCCACCGACUGGACCCUUCUGGGCAGACAUUAUGAUUCCAGAUUCCAUGAUCACAUUUUACUAUGCACCCACAAUGUCAGCGGGGCCGAGUAACUUGCGACUCUUGGGUAAAUGUGAGCUCCACGACUUGCUCCCGAGGUGGUCAUUCAACAUGCUUCUCUGGCGUCAACUUGGGCCAAACUGGUUGUACGGUCAAGACUUGAGUUGGACCAAACUCCAGGAUCUCCUCCAACGAGAGAUCAAUAAAGUCGAAGAGAACCUCCAGGUUAUUCCGGAAAUGGUGACAAUCACCUCGCUGAACCCUGUCGGUGAAGAAGGAAUGAUGAAGCUACAUCGUCUCGGGAGCUUGUCAACCACCAGAGAAUGUUCAUAUGUCAAAGAUCGUAUGAUUGGCUGUGUGGUGGAACAGGCGUUGUGGGACCUCUAUGGCUUUGUACCACGAAUGAGAGGGGAGCUCAACCAUCAGCCGGAGCUAUACCUGUUGCUCAGUUCACAUUCGAUUAGUUAG